UUUUCUGCCAGCACUUUGAUCAAGUUGUACAUUGAUCCAACAGUCUGUCAACCGGCUGAGACGAGCCAGGAAACAUCUGCUAAACAGUCAUGUACCUGUACCUCCUGGGGCUGGUGGUGUUCUAUUACCUGUACCGCUGGGUACGGGAGCUGCCCAGGGUCUCCGACAAAGGCAGCAAGUAUGUGUACAUCACCGGCUGUGACAGCGGCUUUGGUAACCUCCUGGCCCGCCAUCUGGACAAGCAGGGCUUCAGAGUCAUUGCCUCGUGUUUCACCGAGAAAGGAGAGGAGGAUCUGAAGAAGUCCUGCUCCAGCAACCUGAUCACAACACACCUGGAUGUCAGGUCGAAAGACAGUGUCGCCAAGGUCGGGGCUAUGAUUAAGGACAAAGUGGGGGAGCGAGGCUUAUGGGCUGUAGUGAACAAUGCUGGCGUGGCCGUACCCUCUGCCCCAUGCGACUGGCUAACUAUUGACGACUACAAGUCCAUGCUGGACGUGAACUUGAACGGGGUGAUAGGUGUGACCCUGAGUGUCCUGCCGCUGAUUAAGAAGGCCAGGGGGAGGGUGGUGAAUGUAGCCAGUGUGUUUGGGAGGAUCAGUGUUACGGGAGGCCCAUACACCGUCUCAAAGUAUGGUGUGGAAGCGUUCAAUGACAGCCUGAGGUUAAAUAUGGCACCUUUCGGUGUCAAAGUCCUCUGCAUUGAGCCGGGCUUCUUCAAAACAAAUGUGACCGAUGUUGCUAUCCUGUCCAAAAAUGUCAAGACACUAUGGGACAGAAUGCCCCAGGAGGUCAGAGAUGACUACGGAACCGAGUAUCUUCAAAAGUCGCUUGAUGUAAUAUCAGGCAAAGUUGCCCAGAUAAGUGAUGGAGAUCUGAUGAAGGUGGUCAGCUGUAUGGAGCAUGCCGUAUCCGCCGUCCGGCCCCGCACCCGAUAUUCCCCAGGCUGGGACGCCAAGUUCUUCUGGCUGCCGCUGUCGUACAUGCCAACCUGUGUCAGUGAUUACAUCAUGAGCAAAGAAGCCAUUCCUGUUGCCAGGUCAAUGCAAUAAACUGUAGUUUAUUUGUGUCUGUGUACAGAUUUCAUUCUCCAACUAAACAAUUUUACCAGUA